AUGCCGGAUCGACAGCGAACAACCCGAAUAGUGCGCGUCCGCACGGGGUGUUGGACGUGCAGACGACGCAAGAAGAAGUGUGAUGAGACACGGCCGAUCUGUGGGGGGUGUCUACGGAAUGAUUUGGGGUGUUCCUGGCCAGCCAGUGUGCCUGAGAGGAGUAAUUCCAUCGCACAGGAUCUUAAUGAUGUGAACGAUGUGAAGAGGGUGGGUGAACGACGGUCAAGCCUCGGAGUUGCCGAUCUCGAUGGAAUGCAAAUGCCCACGAGCCCGGCCUCGAGACAUUCUUCUACCUCGAGCGGGGGGCAAUCGGUCAUCGCUGACAAGGGCCUGGACGAUGCUAUGCAAGAUAUGCAAGAGGAGAUUGUUGACCGCAGAACAUCGGUUGGGAGCAUUGAUAACUCCCUGGCGACAAUACCCUUUGGUACUCUAGUGCCUAGGACCAUGUCGAUGCUGCCUGGUUACGAUGCUGAUAGCUACCAACUUCUCAGUCAUUACUUGAGCACAACGGCCGACUGUAUGGCUAACGGCUCUACACCUCUCAACCCAUUUUUGGUGCAAAUUGUGCCGUUGGCGUUCUCCAGUGAUUUGUUACUACAACUUGUCAUCACACAAAGUGCGGCCCACCGGGCGUUUCGACGUCGCGAUGAGUCUGACGCAAUCGCUCAUUCCCACUACACAAAGGCGAUCCAGCUAUUCCGACUUGGAGUCACCGAUUUCAUCGAGGGAAAGGAGCAUAACCCGCUGAUGUUGCUGGUCGGCGCUCUCCUGAUGUGCUUCACAGAGACCGCCAAAGGAGACAUGACUGGCACGAUAUUCGACCACUUGUCAGCUGCCAACUCCCUUCUUGUCAAACUGCUAGAACAGAGCGACACUGCAGUUCCAAGAGAACUAAAGAACUUCGUCAUUGAAUACUACACCUAUACCGCGACCGUGAGCAUGGUCUCCAUUGACGCCCGUCUAAGCGGGCAACUAUUCUUAAAUUUCGACCUGGAGCAAAGAGCACGCGAACUCUUGACCACGCAAUACGUCGGCAAUCUCUGCGGCUGCUGGCUAGAACUUCUCCUCCUAAUCCCCUGCAUCUUCGAUCUCGGCCGACAAUGGAUGAUGGACGACGCACAGGCUAUUCCCCCGACCGCGGACGAUAUCGCAAUGUUCGCCUCCAUCCAAGCCCAAAUUCUGCGCUGGUCGCCUUAUCCAACAGUUAUCCCUGAAGUCUACCUAGCAGGUUCGAUCUUCCAGCAGGCCAUGCUGAUCUAUCUCUACACGUCUCUGGGCGGGUAUCAAUACGCGCCCGACGGGAUAUACAAAGGCCUGGUUGAAAACGCCGUGACAGAAGCAAUGGGCUACCUGGACGAAUUAUCACCACAGGCACGAAUCAACUCAGGCCUGUGCUGGCCGAUCGCGGUAGUAGGCUCUUGCCUCUCAGCCCCAACGCAGAAAGAAACCCUACGAACCCGAUUAAUCGACAUGUCAUGCCAUUUUGGUCUUGGAAACAUGCACCGGACUCUGCAACUUCUAGAAGCAAUGUGGUUAUUACCCCCAUCCGAGGCAGGCCCUUGGAAUAUAUGUCGAACGAUGCAGCAGAACCAAAUUUGGAUAUCUUUUGCUUAA